CUCGAGACACUCGCGGAGGAGGCGGCGGAGGUUCCCCCACGAGUCUGCUGCCAGGGGCCGGGUGCGGGAGCUGGCCGGGGACCCCGAGAUCACCGCAGCGGAGACCCGCGUGGAUUCCCAGGACAAGAUGCGAACCUCCUCUCUGGCCACUCCUGCUGGUGUCCCCUGCAAGAAGAAAAGGUCGAACGGUGACUCACCUGCUGAGGGUCCCAUCCUGAAACCUGCUCGAAGUGAGCCCCGGCCCAGGCCUCCCCCUUGCCCGUCGCCUCUGAACUCUUCCCCUACUCCAGACACUGCAUCGUCUGCUGUGGGCCCUGCUUCCCGGCUGGGGCCUUAUGUCCUCCUGGAGCCAAAGGAGGGUACCCGGACCUACCGGGCCCUGCACUGCCCAUCAGGCGUGGAGUAUACCUGCAAGGUGUACCCGGCCUGCGAGGCUAGGGCAGUGCUGGAGCCCUAUGCACGACUGCCCACCCACGAGCACGUCGCCAGGCCCACCGAGAUCCUGCUGGGCACCCAGCUCCUCUACACCUUCUUUGCCCAGAGCCACGGGGACCUGCAUAGCCUGGUGCGUGACCGACGCUGUGUUCCCGAGCCCGAGGCCAUGGUGCUUUUCAGGCAGAUGGCUGCUGCCCUGGCGCACUGCCAUCAGCACGGCCUAGUCCUGCGUGAUCUCAAACUGUGUCGCUUUGUGUUCGCCAACUGUGAGAGAACGAAGCUGGUGCUGGAGAACCUGGACGAUGCCUGUGUGCUGACUGGACCCGAUGACUCCCUGUGGGACAAACAUGCAUGCCCCGCCUACGUGGGACCCGAGAUCCUCAGCUCCCGGCCUACCUAUUCUGGCAAGGCAGCUGAUGUCUGGAGCCUAGGUGUGGCACUCUUCACCAUGCUGGCUGGCCACUACCCCUUCCAGGACUCGGAACCUGUCCUGCUUUUUGGCAAAAUUCGUCGAGGAACCUAUGCCCUGCCCGAGGGCCUGUCCGCUCCUGCCCGCUGCAUGAUCCGCUGCCUUCUUCGGAGGGAGCCCUCGGAGCGGCUUUCAGCCCCCGGCAUCCUGCUGCACCCCUGGCUGCGGGCGGGCCCAGUCACUUCGCCAUCCCACCGUGUUGAGGCUGACCAGCUGGUCCCUGAUGGGCCAGGGCUGGAGGAAGAGGAGGAAGGGGAGAUGGGACUGUAUGACUAGGGCCACUCUACUGCCCCUCUGGGCUGAACCCAACUUUAAGUGCCUUGUAGGAGGGAGAAGGGUCAGCACCCUGAGAGUGCUGGAUGCACCCCUGUACUCUGUGUGUGGGUGCUUGCUGGGUACCAAGCCCUGUUCUAGGUGCUGGGAAUGCAACACAGAGCAAGGUAUACCAGAUAUCUUUCUGGCAGAGCUGACAGACUGCCACAUGCCCCCAGUGUCUGUCCUGGCAUAGUUCAUACCAAAGAUGGCCUCUACUUGGCUGGUGGCAGGCCCCUGUCUACAGCCUGGUUCUCUCCCCUAACAACUCGGCUGUCUUGAGUCUUGUCCUUGUAGAGAAAGGAGCUGCAGGCCUGCCUCCCCAUCAGUAAGGACCACAAGCCUGGUUGGGGCUGGUACUGUGCUGCUAAUCAGGCCUCCUGUGGCCCAGGGAUCAGGCCAGAAGAACAAGACCCCAGCAUGAGGUUGGAUCUCAUCUGGCUCAAGGAAUGAAGGUUCAGGCCUGUCCACCCCAGUCACUCCCAACUGGGACAUCAAGGCUGAGGGCAGGACUAUUAGGCAGAGACUCCCACAGCUUCACAGAAAGUCUCAGGCCCUGUUUGUUCUGGGGAAUCCCAACCCCCAGGACCACUGUCAGUGUGAUGACUUUUGUUCCGUGAAUAAAUAUUUUCACCACGUGCCUCACAA